AUGCAUUACAAGCUUUUGUUGAUUCUCUUGGCCUUCAGCAAGAUAAAACCAAAAGGCGAUCGCUCACCGUUGUUUGCCUCUAACCCCCAUCACCCCAAUGCCUUCAAGCCAUCGUCGCUCGUCGCCACCAUCGCGCCCUCGUCAUUCGUCGCCUCCAUCGCAAUCGCGCCAUCACCGCUCAUCGCCUUCCUCGCGCUCGCGCUCGCGCUCGCGCUCGCGUUCGCACUCGCGUCCGCGUUCACCAGCUCGAGGUUCUACCCGCCACACAGGAACCUCCUCACAAGGCGCUACGUCGUCGCCAAACCCUCGACCUCGGACCCCUUCUCCACCACCAACCCAGCGAGGCCAGUCAAAUCGGUGUCCGCCAGUGGCCGGCCUCUACGUCGUGCUGUGGCUUGCUUCGGCAACAUAGCAACCAUCCUUUAUGACGCGCAGAUGCUGGAGAAGGACCCGUAUGAUGACGACGAGACGAUUCGGCGGAUGUUUGAAGAGGAGGAGUACACCCUCGAAGAAGAAGACAAGUUUCUGGACCAAAAGCGCGCCGAUGAACGGAACUAUGAGGCCAACCUUUUACUCCACCACUUGCUCCCCGGUUUGGCUGCAAAGAAAGCCACGCUUGCUGCCGAAGACCUAAACGCGUGGAUUCAGACGGUCCAGCGUGGGGCCAACACCGGGCGGGCUGAAGACUUCGGAAAGGUCACUAAGUUGGUCGCAAAUUGGAUCAACGACGAUAUCAGCAAGAAUGUGGCUGAUAUUUGCGCCUUCGACUACACUCCAGCCGUCUAUGAGACUAAUGAGCAUGGAGAUCAAGUACUAAUAAAAAAACACGCACCAUAUCUUGUCCCAGACGACCGCCGUGGACGUGGGACGAAGCACGACAUAACUGGCGCGCUGCUUUCGUCAGUCGAGGUUGACUGGGCAGAUGAAAGCACCCGACAGAAGAUCGAUGCUGGUCGUCAAGAUUUCGCGCCCAACUACUAUGUCCGCGCGCUGUAUGCUGGCUUUCGCGGGGACCCUAAUGAUGUAGAGAAAGGCUUUCUCAAGAGCCGUUACUUGCUUCGGACUGUCUCGGCCAUCUUCCUCACCUCCACUGAGGUUGAAGAUGGAGAUGACGACUCUGAGAACCAGCCACCAGCAAAGAAGCCAACAAAGAAGCGCUCAAGCACGCGCAAGACCUGCGCCGAGUUAGCGGGCCUCAAUGGCAAGAUUACUGGACGCGCCAUUGCCUAUGGGGCAGUUCAGCUCUACCUAUCGCUAACUACUGUCUACCAAUGGGCCGAGGUUUAUGGGGGAGUUUCGCUCCCCCAAAUGUACGACUUUCUGGUGGAUUAUUUUGAAGAGCCCGCGCCCAAUUCAGCAGCCCGCAAACGCGUUGACGACCUGCUUCAGUGGUGGAACACGCGGCUUUUCAAAACCCACGCAGCUUCCGCGAGCACCUACCGGCCGUCCCGCAACUCGCGCGCUGCCUUACGAGCUCAACGUGCUGCCCUGGAGCCGUCAAAUAGAGAAUAA